ACAGGAAUCUAAGUAGGAAUGCCAUCAGUUAUAUAGAACCCAGGGCAUUUGAAGGCUUGUCAAGUCUUACUGUAUUGGACCUGUCAUACAAUAGGCUUGGUAGUGUGAAUAACUCCAUGUUCAUUGGAUUAUCAUCACUGGAAGAACUGAUUUUCUCCCACAAUCAGAUAUCAACCAUUUCACAAGCAACCUUUGACCGCCUCACCAUGCUCAGGAGACUUGAGUUUGCAUCAGAGUAUCUGGUCUGUGAUUGUAAGUUGGACUGGAUUGUGAAAUGGAAGCGAACUCGAACCCCAAAGGUCAAAAUCUCCGACAGUACGACCUGCGCAGUGCCAGAGUCUCUCGCCGGCCGCCAGGUCAGCAGUUUGAAGAAAGCCCAGCUCAACUGUGACUUUCCCCUUCAGAUGUCCCGCUUUGAGAUACGUCCCAGCAGCGACCAGGUGGUCUUCAAGGGGGAUCCCAUAUCACUGGAAUGCAUUGCGUCUUACCUGGAUGAGACCCAGCAGAUGGUAUGGCUGAGGAACAAGCAGGUCCUAGAGAACAAUGCCUCGGCUGGGAUCAGCAUUGAAACACACAUCAUGGAGGACCAGGCUCUCAUGACAAGCACUCUUACAAUUCAACAGAUAACCCAAAGCACCGGUCUGUGGAAGAUGGAGUGUCAAGUUAUGACUGGUAGUGGGCGUGGCAAGAAGAAUGUUAUGAUGGAUCUGUACGUGUUUGGCCACAUCAAUCAGUCUCACAACUGCCAGGAAGAAAUCACAACUAACAACAAAGGCACUUUCCAGUGGCAGGCGACCAUACCUGAUAUGACGGCAGAGGUGCCCUGCCCGUAUGGAGGAGGUCUUCACUUCACUGGUGGUGAUCCCUCAAGGGCAAAAGGGAGACGUACCUGCUUAGAAGGGGGCCAGUGGCAGACCCCUCAGACGGAUCUCUGUGAUUACGCAGAUGAGGUCACCCGCAUGCUGGAGAAAAUGGCAAUGUCAUCAUAUAGAAAUGCUACAGUUGCACUUAAAUCAGCUAGAAGGGUGGAGGUUCUCACGGCAGAUGCUCAUUCUUUCUCUGACAAACUGAACGUGGUCUUUGUGGCCAGAUUCAUUGAAAAGAUUCAUCAAUUAACAACAACAGAUCUUGGACAAACUAUGAUAAACAUUGCAAGCAAUCUGAUGGAGGUCAAUUCUACUCUGCUUGCUCAAAGUCAGAUACUGGAUAGUUCUUGCUCAAAAGUGAUAGCUGCCCUAGAGUACUUUGCCAGUAACAUCCUGAGGCAUGGGCAUGGGAUCGAGGUCGAGCACUACGCCCCCAACAUUGCAGUACGUGCCAUCAAACUCCCAACCACCAAUAGUUUCAGCGGGAUGCUGUGCGCGGCCAUUGUCCCGGGACCAGGCCAGCUCGAAGACUUCUCCCGACAGAACGUCAAGUGCCACAUGAGUAACAUCACUUCGGCACAGUUAGAUGUAACAAAAGGGCCCAUCGAAGCAUCCAUCCAGCUCCCUCCAACCAUCUUCCAAGGUCUGACCCAAGGUCAAAGGUCAGCAGCAGGUCAGACGUCUUCACGACCUGGUGUGGUCCUUCAGUUCUUUGUCUACAAGAAUGGUAGACUGUUCCCUUCCUUGAAGCCAGGAGCGCAGGGUCAGAUGGUCAUGUCUGAGAGAGAGGUCACUUCAAUGGUGGUCGCCAGUAAAAUAGAGAAUUACAAUGUAGUCAAUCUGACUGACCCUGUCACAUUGACCUUUCGACCUACGAACCUAGGUCACAGUGAGGCACCAGUCUAUUGGGAUGUUACAUCUGAAGGUACUCAUGGAGAAUGGAAAUCCGAUGGAUGUAAGAUUGUAAUGAAAACGGAUAAUAUGACAACAGUACAGUGCAGUCAUCUAACCAACUUUGGCAUUCUUAAGGAUUUUAGUGAUCCAGAAGGGCAGUAUAUUGGUGGUUUCUGGCCAGCGACUGCUCUUCAUCCUGCUAUUUACAUCGGUAGUUUCAUCCUUCUUGUUCUUCUCUUCCUCACACUCCUCACCUAUGUCUGCUUUCACAGCAACAUCCGUAUGAAGCGCAAGUGUCGUCACUCCCUGAUCAACAUCUGCUUGGCCGUCAUGUUCCUAGUAGUCUUCUUCACCGGGGGUAUCAGGUGGACGGAACCUGUGCUGCUAUGUCAGAUCGUUGGGGUAGGACUUCACUACUUUAGCAUCUGUGCUCUUCUAUGGAUGGUGAUCCAGGCCAAUAACUUACGCAAGGCCCUAGUGAGGCGCAACAGACCCCCUCUGCCGCCGGGAGAGAGCCCCCCUCCUCCUAGGCCCAUCCUCAGAUUCUACUUUGUUGGUUGGGGCAUUCCUAUGAUUGUAGUGGGCAUUACAGUUGCUGCAUCUCCAGACAUCUAUGGUGGCUCUGAAAUUUGCUGGAUUGCAGAUUUUACAGUGAGCCUGGCAGCCUUCUUUGGCAUAGCAGCAGCCAUGGUUAGCCUCACUUGUGCCAUGUUUGUCUGGGCUUCUAUGCACGUCAACAGGGCACCCUCUAUGGCCCAGCUGCAAGCCUAUGAGCUUCGAGACCAGAACCCCGAUCACAAGGACCUACCAAACCACCGAGGAGAGAAUGGAAUGGACAGACAGACCGGUACGGACAACGAGUCGGUCGUUACGCAUCGUACAGGAAUCUCUGGAAUGUCCAGUGUCAUGGAUUCUGAGUACACUUUUGCCAAGCAGAUUACUGCAGCUGUUCUGAUGCUGCUGGGAUUUGUGGGGACCUGGACCUUUGGAGCUCUAGCCGUCACUCAAGCAGACUUCCUUGCCAUGAUUUUUUGCUAUCUGUACGCUGGUACUGCUGUAGCACUCGGCCUGUUCAUCUUCGUUUACAAUUGUGGAAUGCGUAGUGAUGUCAAGUACAACUGGAAGAAGACUUGUGGUUGCACGCAAAAGGAUCGGUAUACGGUUGCAGUGACGUCUGGUCAAACCAACCAGAGUAGUAAUAACGGCCAUGUGGUACAGAGGAGACAAUCGGCAAGCAGUGUGGAUUCUAAUGUAACAAACAAGUCCAAUAACACCAAUCACUCGUAUCCGUCGGUAGUGUCAGGGUCACGAAAGACAUCAAAGUGUAACUAUGUACCGUCACAUACAAACACAGGCACCGAUGCCUCAAUAGACAGUAGCACGCAGGACAAUGCAGGGCGUGUGCAUAACUAUGACAAGCACCGAAGCAACGGUUACGCCCAACGGUACCACAAGCAGGCGCGUAGCCGUAGUAAGAACCACAAACAUUCUCGUUACUCGCAGGUUUCGCGGGAUGGCCAGGAAGGGAUAGCCGUUCCGCCACCCAUGGUGCCCAUGUUACCCAAUGGGGCGGGACGGACGGGCAGCAACUCCAGUUUCCCAAUCACCCACAUGCAUCAGGUUGACACCAACCAUCAAAGCCCUGCUAGCAGCAACUCUUAUCUACCUCAGCAUAUGCAUUACAUGGGGAGCCAGCCUCGCAUGGUGCCGCUUACUCAAGAACUGCACAGCAGCCAUUCCGGGUUGGGAUUGCACGCCCAGCCUGAGGCUCUCUGUACCACGCAAUCCUGGGAUGCACUCAGGGAGAACUCGCUGCCUCGUAGCACUGCAUCCAGCGAGCGUUACGUAAGAGACAGGACAGGGUUUGUGCAGCCGGUCCGGCAACAUUACAUAGAUUGCCCGCAUGAUGGCAGCAUGCCGCGGGCAAUGUCUGGUAAGAAGCAAUCGCGGGAAGAACUACGCAAAGGCUCUGCCUCAAAGAAUUCUUCUCGGGAUCACCUUCCCCGACAUGAGGACAUUGCAGAAUACCCUAUUGUAGAAAUGAAUCCUCUUUUAGAAAGAACUCAUAGACCGAAUAUUGGAAAGCCACCAACGUAUGAAGAGGUGCUCCCUGAAAGCCAGGCUCUGAUUGGAGGAAACAUGCGAAUGGAGGCGGAGCAUGUUAAUGGUGGCGAAUCAGACCACAGUCGAGUGCUGACUUCAAAAGAUUACCAGAUGUCACAAAAUGGUCUAAGUGGAGACAAGAGAGAAACUAGUGUUUGAGUUAUUUGUUUAAGAAUCUUCUUGUAUUCAUUGUAUUUUAUACAUGUUGUCUUAUGAUGUUGAUCAGUACAUAACAUGCUGACAAGUAUUCAUAUGUAUAUUUCAAUAGCACUGACUUGCAAUGUUUUCACCUUAUAUAUUGGCUGAAAUGAUGUGGGGAGGUUCCAAGAACCUGUCUGUUCAGAAUUUGUUUAUACUUCUUGACAGAUAUAUAAUGUAGUUCAGAUUUUAUAUUAGUCAUGAUCAAUGCCAAGCCCAUAGUAUUAUUCACCCAUACUGUAUACAUGUAUUUUUACAAAUGGGCAAAGAUCUUGUUUUAACCUAUUUGUGUUCAAUGCACAUUUCCAUUGGGGGUACUGAUAGUUAGAUGUGGAAUGUUAUGUGAUACAUUACCUUAUGCCCUUGUUAGCAUGUAUUUGCUUUUAUCUGGUCUGCCUCUUACAUCUUAAGCCAUCCUGCCCCCCAAAACAAUGGAGUAUGUUUUUUUUGUUUAUUCACAUACUUAAAUACAAAGUGAUCAAUGUGAACUUUGAUUUGCUUGCAAGCAUAAAAUACUUGUAUUUAUUUAGUGAAUGCAUGGUCAUUUGCAAGUCAAUUCACCUAAGAAAAUGUUUGAUAAAUGCUGGUUUUAUUUUUAUUUUUGUUUUUUAUUUUUUAUUUUUGUAGGAAGCUUUUGAAGAAAAAAUAUUUUGAAACUAUAAAAAGAAAAAUACAAUCAUGUGUACAUUAAACAAUUAGCUACUUAUUUUCAAAUGAACUUUAAAAUGAACUUCCAAAGGCAUAGCAUAUCAAAUCAUGUAUUCAUAAUAGUUUUAGAUAAUUGAUAGAAAUAUGAAAGCAUUUAAUCCUUAGUUGCAACAAAUGGGACACACUUCCCUUUUUUAUAAUCUGCUAUUUUUUGUGAGCCAAUUUGCUGUGCAAUGUUUUUUUUUGAAAACCAUUUUACAUAGACAAAAAAAGAAAAAAGAGUGAAGAUCUUUUAUCUCUAUCAUGCCAGCCUAAAUCAAUUGAUACAUAGUACGAAAUCAUGUUGUUCCAAAUGAUGUUUUACUAUCAUGUUUUCCUUUAUCAUGUGUACAUGUAAUUGGUAAAAGUUCACUCCAGUACUUCUGCACAGUAGCUUAUGCCUAAAUGUAUUCAUUACAAACAAGUACUAUUCAUAUAUAUUUCCUUGUGAUCUCUGCCUAGUAGGUAAAUUUGUUCAUGUAAGCAUGGAAUGGUUCAUUGCACUAUUCAUGCUUUAUAUAUAUAUAUAUAUAUAUGACAUCCAAAAUGACAAAAGGUUAAGCAAAUGGAUCUUAAUACGCCAUUCAUGUCAAUUUGAUAUCUCAUUUAUCUGCAAAGUAAAUUGUUUUAGUAAGUGCAAAAUUAAUGUGAUUCGAUCUCAUCAUGUAUCAUUUUGUUAUGUUAUUGAUUGCUUCACUCAAAUAGAUGCCAUUAAAGUUUGGAUUGUACCCAUCAAGUAAAUUAUUAUCAUUUUUUACAGAGGCAUGCAAUUUCAACAUUGCCAUUUGAACAUAAGGAAAUGCAAUUGAAGUUUACAAUUAAUUAUAAAAGUUUUUUUUUUUCAUUGACAAUUAGUUUUACAAUAGAUUUCAUUUUUUAAUAUUAUAUCAUUGAGAUCAGUGACUAUUUCAGAUAGUUGGACUAUUUAAUUAAAUAGAUAAAGCUGUAAUCUGCAAAAAUCAUUAAAAAAAUAUUUCACCUUGAUUUCUUCUUCAUUUUCAACUUUUUUAUUCCAUUCAUUUCAAUGCCAAGAAUGGGCAAUGAAAAAAGACCCCCCUCCCCCCCAAAAAAAUGAAUAUAUAUUGCAUGUAAUAGGUCCUUUAUGAGAUGAUUUACAUGUUACUUAAAAAAUGUAUUUGGAAACAUUUUGGAUGAAUUCUGCAUGGGCAGUUGUCACCACAUGUCACAAAUGCAUUACUGAAUUUGAUGACAGCAGGAACCAUUGUUUCAAAGAAAAAAAGAUCUUGAAAGCAUGAAUUUGCUAUAGAAAAAUGUAGCUUUGUUACUGAACAUGAAACCUACACAGAAAGUAUUCAGUUUUUGAUGUUUUGAGACGGUUACAAGUUUUUAUCACCUAAUCUUAGAAUUGUUGAUACAGUUUGAUGCUGUCACCUUGGACAUUUUGAUUAUCAUUUUUUUCUUUAUUGAAUUGAGGCAUGCAUGUCUGAUACAUUCAGGCAGUAUGCCAUGUGUGCUUGUGAUGGUUGUAUGAAUCUGCAAGCGAAUGAGUAAAUUUUCCACCAUUGCAGUAUUUCAGCACUUUUACUCUGUCCUAUUUUGACAAAAGGAUACAGGUACAGUUGUAGCAUAAGUGUAAUUUCCUGUAAAAGAGCAAAAUAAUUCUGUCAUUUACAUAGACAUCAAUGCGUUGGCAUGGUAGUUAACCUUCCAUAUAUCAUAGCAGCAUCAGUGUUUCUAUUAAUUUGACUUCAAUGACAAAUCAAUUUUUAAAAUAUGAAUGCAUAAAAAAAAUCAGUUCUAGUUGAUAUGACACUUGCUUCCUUUUGUUUAAGUAGGACAGUACUGUGGCACCCAAUUCUAUUUUAUCUUAUGUGUAGUAUUCAGAUAAGUAUACUCACAAAUCAAUGUUUUUUUUCUCCCCUAUCCUCUUUAAUAUGGUCAUCUUGAGUACAACUGAUAUGUACAUCAGAAUGCUACCAUGUACAGUGCAUAUGCGUCAAAUGUACAUAUGAAUAUUGUAGACUAGUCGUGAUUGUCUUUGAUACGAUGUCCAUGUAUUCAGAGUUACAUGUACAGGGUUUGUAGUGGCCUGCAGGAACUCGACCUUGCAGAUCUGAUUGCAGAUCUUGCAGAUUGAUUGCAACUCUAAAAAUCAUGCGCAAUUUCAUUUUCGACCAAUCAAGAACGCGCAUUUGGGACUUGCGCAUGAUUUUUAGACUUGCGAUUGAUUGCAACUCUUUCUGCAACGGGCCCCUGAUGGAAGGGUUAUAUCAACUCAUUAGUAUUUCUUUGGAUUAGACGUGUUCAUGUUCUGUUAUUGUUUUCAAAAUGGGAUGAAAGAAUGACACUGAUAAAAUGAAGAUUACACAAGCAGAGAGAGAGAUAGGGAGAGAUGAUGGUGGGGGUAGGAAAAAGAUUUUUAAAAUACAGAAAAAACUAGGAUCACCAAGAAAAGUCAUUGAUAUUUAAGACAAAACCUUAUGUUUGCAAACAAUUUGUAUGCUUUUUUUUGUUCUCCAUAUUUCCAUCUCUCAUGGCAUGUAAUGAAGUGGUGACGGACGUGUCAUUUAACUUUGAUUCUAAAUGCAGUAAUGUCUUUGUAUAAUCAAUCUGUUUUGUUGGUCUACAAUGGAAAUGAGAAAUAAGGAAAGAAUGUGGAGAUUACUAUAGUUUCGUGAUUUUUAUUCUCAUUUGUGUACAUAAAAAAGAUAGCACAACAUUAUCAGGAUCCACUUGCCACAUUGUUAAUCAAAUAUUGUUUAUCAAAUUUUGAAGUUGUUGUUGUCUUUCAUUUGUUUUCUUUUUAAACGGGAAUUGAUUUUUAUAAGGCAUCCAACUUGCCAUGUUUAUUGCAUUUUCAACUUUAGUCUGUUGUCUGCUUGAACCAUAUGGUUCUAUUCUUAACCUCUGGGUUAAUUAGAAUAAUAAGAAGUUUAUAGCUUUAUUAGACUGUUGUAGCAUUUAAAUAAUUAGAAUUUGUCUGGGAAUGAUAACUCCAGUGAUAUUCUUUACCAUGUAAGCAGUAUAGAAACCCCCACCAGUAAACCUGCAAACAUACUGUGUAUC